UCACACCUGCAUAGGCCAGGACACGUCUAUCACUUCCCCUUCAAAGACGCUUAGUGAAGGAAAAGAGCGCAAAUUUGCAGUGGCGUUGCUCUAUAAAAUGCUGUAGAAAUUACCUUAUUUGCGUUCUCAUAAUUAACCAGCUCUGACGACAUGGGCCGCACCAGGCUCUCCAUGGCUCCUUUUCUUGUGCUAUCAGGAAUUAUUCUCCUGGUGGGACUCUUUCAGAGCAGCGCAAAAGCCGUUGCCUGCCCACAGUAUUGCCUGGACGUCAGCUAUGUGACUUGCACUUCAUCUGGUGAAGAAAGGCUGCCUGCUAGGUGCAACUGCUGCUUGGCUGGCAAGGGCUGCACUCUUCAUCUCUCUGAUGGCUCUCAAAUGACCUGCUCUUAAGAGUGAGUUCACUAUAUUAUGCAACGUUUAUCUAUUUGCUAUUCUUUGAUGUGAGAAUGGUGUGACCCAUAUAUCUGGCGCCAGUUUACCAUGCAUGCAGAAAUACAUAUUCGUUCUCUGAGUCCUCGCGACAUUUGUUAGUGUAUAUCUACGAUCUUUUGUUGUGUACUUUGAUUAUGUUCUUGAUGUGGAGUGUUCUUCGCAUUACCGAGUGGUCAUGGCUCGUCGUAUGUUUGUCGACCACCAAGACCCAUGCCGCUGUGCUCUAAGCUUGUGCCAACUG